UUGAAAAUAUUUAAGCAUUUAUAAACUAUGAUUUUGUUGCUCCAUCUUAACCCAUUAUUUGGACUUGGACUCGGAGCGCCCUCUAGCGUUCGAGAAACCCGAAAGACAUCACAGAGUGGUAAUUCUUUGAAUGACAUCACAGAGUGGUGGCAGUGUGUGCCUUAAAGUUGUUUUUCCUGCCGUGGGUUACACAGAAGAGGAGGAUCGCGUCGUGAUUUGUUGAACUCUGAACUGUACCCAGCAUCUUCAGAGCUCUUUAAAAUGACUAAAAUGGAGCACUUGAAUUCCUUUUUUAUCGAGCGAUUAAUGUCAGUCGCUGCAGAGAUAUUUGAAGCCAUCCAAGACACAGUCUCGGAGUAUCAGGUGGAGAUAGAGCGAGCUAAGCGAGAGAACCGCCGCCUGAGGGAAAGACUGACUGAGAUCAACAGCAGUAACAGUAGCGCCCGCAGCGAGCAGCAAACACCGAGCUCAGCAGAUGUACAGCUCAGUCAUGCUGAUGGAGCUCCACUUCUGCAGAGCUCCAACCGAGGACUACUAGAUUCAGAUCCCUCAGUAUUACAGCUGAAGCUAGAGGUUGCUACCAGGAAGCAAGAAGACCCUACAGGUGAUCAGUCAAGUCAUGCAGUUCCUCAGGAGCUACCAACCUUCAGCCAAGAAUCAUUGGACUCAAAGUCUUCAUUUAUACAAGUGAAGGUGGAGCUUUCCACCAUGCAUCAGGAUACUGAACCACAGGGGCCACUAAAUAAUCCAACCUCAUCUUCUUCUCCCUCAGCAGAGACUGUGAAUACCAAAGACCCACUGCAUAAUUGCUUAGGAAUUACCAUAAAGGAAGAAAAAGUUGAUUACAGCCCACAUAACACAGGAUCCACAAUCAAAUUGGAGCCACUCGACUCCCAAGUCAUCUUCUCUAAUGAUGCACCAUCUGUGAUGCAAAGACAAAAUGUGACUGAGAAUCACUGGGAAGUCUUAAGAGAUGAUCAAGGUUACCAUCUUUCCCGAUGCAAGACAUUAUCUGAUCAUUUUUGUCAAGCUGAAGCUCGUGUGCAGAGCCAGACUGCUGAGGAUUUUUUUUGCUGCAGGCAUUGCGGAAAACCUUUUAGAAGUCAUAGACAGCUGAAACAACACCAGGUCGUUCAUCAGAAAAACAGACCGAGACCAUAUCGCUGUGACCUGUGUGGGAAGAGCUACAGUUAUGCACAAGUACUGGAAAACCACCGUAGAACGCAUACAGGAGAGAGACCAUACAACUGUAGAUUUUGUGGGAGAUGUUUCAAACAGAGAGGUCACCUAAUUGACCAUGAGAGAAUUCACACUGGCGAAAGACCUUUUAGCUGUUCGGUGUGUGGGAAGCGGUUUAUUCAGUCAAGUCAAGUGAAGAAACAUGUUCGUAACCAUCAUCAGGCUAAGUAACAAUAAACAUAAGCAGUAAGAUCACACAUGGGUGAAGUGAUGUUUUUAUUUUGUGUCAGGGUUCCAUUGGCUGCAUCUGUUGGAACAUGGCAUUACAUAGUGAAUUCUUGGAUUACACCUUCAUAAAGUAAUGUACUGUUUUGGUUGCACUAGGGUUGUCAUGAUAUACACGGUAAUAUUAAUCUUUAAAAAAAAAAAAAAAACUCCAUAAUCCAGCUCUCUAUAAAAACUGGUUUGGUUACCUUGGAUGAAGGUAAUU